GCCAUGUUUUGUCUCCAUGACAGCUAUGUCACUCAGCCCUCUCUGCAGUGACCCCUGUGCCGCGAAUGAUGCUGGGAAAUAACGAGCACUUUUAUCCCGGUCAGGAUGACCAAGAUGGGGAGGAUGAGGAGGAGGACGAGGACCUGGUCAGAGAACCCAGAAAAGGGGAAGACGGACAUGACAUCGAGAAUGGAGGGUUAGAAGGUUUGCUAGAGAAGGAAAUGACGGGAGGAAGACAAUCCUGGGAAGGAAAAGUUGGCGAGGUGGUCAAACCGGCAGCCAUUGUAGUCGGCAGGCAGAGAGCAGACCGCCCCGUGAGGUUAGGAAACCCGGGAAACCGCGGGGUCGCUUACAUGUCCAAUCAAGACAUCUUACAUCAUCACACAGCCAAUAAGACGCAGCAUCAUGUCGUCGCGGCCAAUCAGCAUCACACGGGCUUGAACGCACCGCACAAGAGAAGAGCACUGAUGGAGCGCAGCAUGACCACCAUGGCGCCGUUGGAGGACACUUUCCUGACCAUGAUGGUGUUCCGCGUUGGAAUUCCUGACAUCAAACAAACACAAUGUCUCCAGUUCGACCAAGACUGCACGGUGUGGAACGCCAAGCAGCAGAUCAUCUGCUCCCUCACUGAGACCUUGUGGGACGUCUACAACUAUGGCCUCUUCCAGCCCGCGGGAGAGGGACGGGACGCCAAGUUCUUCGACGAGGAGAGGACCUUGAGGGAAUACUCACAGUCCUUUGAGAAAGGGGUGCCUUACCUUGAGUUUCGAUACAAAACUAGAGUGUAUAAGCAGACAAAUCUGGAUGAAAAGGCACUUUCCAAGCUCAGCACUAAGGCCAGCCUCAAAAAGUUCAUGGAUUAUGUACAAACUGGAGCGCUGGAGAAAAUGGUUAAAGUCCUGGAUAAAGGUCUUGAUCCAAACUUUCAUGACCUGGAGAGUGGAGAGACCCCCCUGACUGUGGCCGCACAGUCAGGCCUGCCAGUGGAGGGCAUGAGGGCUCUGGUUCAGGGCGGAGCUCAUUUUGACUUCAGAAGCAGAGAUGGUUUGACUGCGGUGCACAAAGCUGUCAGGGUUCACAAUCAUACUGGGCUAAUGGCUCUCUUGUCAUUGGGAAGCUCUACAAACUACAAAGACCGCUGUGGCCUGACCCCGCUGUACCACACAGUCCUGACGGGGGGCGACACCACAUGCUGCGAGACUUUGCUUUACUACAGGGCCAAGUUGGGGACGAGGGAUGAGAAUGACUGGGAUGAGUCUCAUCUGCACAUGGAUGAAGAGGAAUUUGGGAUGGAAGAAAUCCAUAAGGCUUGCCAGAAUGGCUUUGCCCAACACUUGGAGCAUCUGCUGUUUUAUGGGGCAGACGCCUCCUCUCAGAAUGCCUCAGGAAAUGCCGCGCUUCACAUUUGUGCCCUAUACAACAAAGAAAGCUGUGCUCGAGUGCUUUUGUACAGGGGAGCAAACAAGGAAGCAAAGAACAAACAUGGCCAGACCCCUUUUCAGCUGGCUGUAAUGUCUGGUCACUUUGAACUUGGGGAAAUCAUCAAAAACCACAAAGAUUCAGACAUAGUCCCUUUUUUGGAAUCACCAAAAUAUGUCUCCAAGCAAAAAGAAAGCGCCCAUACGCUGCCUCUUCCCGCGCUCCAGUCCCACCCUUUACUACGUGCUAACAGUGAUAAUACCAUGAUCCACUCUGAUCCUCCGGUUAUUCCCAACAAGACUGCAAACGCUCCCAACCCAGCUCAGGGCCACCGUAGGGCUUCCAUUGGCUUGAGAAGUUCCAGCAGCCCUAGAAAUCGCACCCGUUCCCCAUCGCGAGGAAGAGGAGGCCAGAGUGACUCAGAGGAGAGGCACAGGCAGCCACGAAGCAGGCAGGGGGCGGCGCCUGCAGGCAGUGGGGGAGGUCAAGUGAAGCGGAUGUACAGUGCAGUGCCUGGGAGGGUGUACGUGGCCACUCGGGCCCACUCUGCUAGUGGAGACAGGCAGCUCUCCCUCAACAAAGGGGAUAAAGUGAAAGUCUUAAGUGUCGGAGAGGGGGGCUACUGGGAGGGAACGGCGAAAGGUCGCACUGGCUGGUUCCCCUCGGACUGUGUGGAGGAAGUGGCAGCUGGCAGCAAGGACAAUCGAUCAGAGACGCGGAGUGAGAAAGCCAAGAGGAAGCUCUUCCGUAACGUCACUGUCGGGGCAUACGACGGCACCGAUGGUCCUAGUGACUACAUCAUUAAGGAGAAGACAGUGCUCCUACAGAAAAAAGACAAUGAGGGUUUUGGCUUUGUGCUUAGGGGAGCCAAAGCUCAGACUCCCAUAGAGGAAUUCACUCCGACGCCAGCGUUCCCAGCGCUGCAGUACCUGGAAUCGGUCGAUGAGGGGGGCGUGGCGUGGAGGGCCGGCCUCAGGAUGGGGGACUUCCUCAUCGAGGUGAACGGUCAGAAUGUGGUGAAGGUAGGACACCGGCAGGUGGUCAACAUGAUCCGACAGGGUGGCAACAGCCUAAUGGUGAAAGUCGUGAUGGUUGCCAGAAACCCUGAGCUGGAGGAUACGACCCGUAAGAGAGCCCCGCAGCAGACGAAAAGGCUGACUCCUCCUGCCAUCGCCCUGCGCUCCAAGUCAAUGACAUCAGAGCUGGAAGACAUGGUGGAAAAAGCUAACUCUCCGUGGAAAAAGAAAGCAGACUACGAGUCCUCUCAGGGUGCUGAUAAGAAGAGGACAGUCUAUCAGAUGGCACUGAAUAAACUGGAUGAAAUCUUGGCUGCUGCCCAGCACACAAUUACGUCAGACAACCAAGGCCAGAGAGGUCACGCAGGCAAGAGAGACCGCAGCAAGAGUAUUGUUCCCAAUGUCUCCAAUGAGUCAACAUACGAGCUGCAGGCCACGGGGAAUGCAGUGGUGUCCAGACCUGGUUUUACCUACAACCAAGCGCACUUUCAACCAGCCCAGCAUGCAGUAAUGAUGCGUCAGAAAUCCAUUGGUAUAACUGAGGAGGAGAGGCAGUACCUUCACCCACCUGCGAUGAAGUUGGCUCGUAGCUUGUCAGUGCCAGGACCGGAGGAAAUCCCCCCGCCCCCAAAUACAUCAGCGCCAGAGCCACCUUUAACCGCCGGCCCUCAUCCUGUGAGGGUACCUGCCAUGCCCAUACCUCCUGUAUCGCAGGCCCACUUCCAGCUCCACUCCCAACCAGGGCAGCCUAAUCAAUGGGAAAGAGGAGGUGGGAUGAACCAGCAGGUUAUGGCCUCCACGCUCCGCAGACAAUCUGAAGGACUGUGCGGCAGGGAGCAAGAGGCACCCAGGCGAGGUGGUGGCAAGAUGGGGGGAUUAAGAAAAGGCUACAGUAGCGCUACACCACCAACAAGUGCUAAACCCAAGGCUCAGCAAGCCCCGCAGCAUCAUCCCUCUCGAGAACAAGGUGGAGGGACCGGCAGGGGGACAGCCCGCAGGGGUGGACGGGGAGCUUUGACAAAACAAUCUAAAGUUGAGGAUGGACUGCGACAUAAUCGGGGAAAAGGUGGUGCAGGCAAAGAGAAGACCUCCAUCCCCAUCCCAACAAUCAUCAUCAAAGCUCCUUCCACCAGCAGCAGUGGCCGAAGCAGCCAGGGAAGCAGCAUGGAGGCUGAGGCCCCGCACGGUGCAGAGGCCCACACACCUGCUGAGCAAACUCCGGAAAGCCCAAAGUCCACUCCGCCUUCACCACUCACCUCAACGCCACCUCAACCCCCAACAUCCUUGCCUCAAUCGGUUGCUUCUCCUCCGGUUUCUAUGAAGCAAAACCUGGAGAACGUAGACUACACGUCAACCUUUGGUUCCUCGUUUGGAAGCGGAGGGGCACGCAGGGAGAGAGAACGUUUCCGCGACAUGAGAAGAAAAAGUGCUUCUUUCUUCCUCUCAUCGGAGGAAGACAUCCAAGGGGAAGCCGGAGGAGACGCUGGGGAGGGAGGAGAAGCGUUAAGUGCAAGGAUUCAGCCGCUCCAGAGCUCUCAAAUGGAAGUACCAACUCCGCGACUCAGACCAUCCAAGUCUAUAGAUGAGGGCAUGUUUUCUGGCGACAACUAUGUCCACUAUUCCAGCAGCAUGCCCCCAGCCUUUGGCCUUCCAGAGUAUUCAUCCCCUGUCUUCAGUCAAGAUGGUCAACCCAAGUCGGCUCCAUCAAUGUACGGCUCCCAGCCUGCUACUACUUUCAUUCACCCGCUCACAGGCAAGGUUCUGGAUCCUUCAUCUCCACUUGGGCUUGCGCUCGCCGCUAGGGAGCGCGCCCUCAAGGAUGACCGCAGGACUCGGCGAGAGGAGAGACAUUUUGGUCGACAGCUGUCCACAGUGGGAGCGUUCACCACCCCAGCUCAGACCCCAACGCCCUCUCUUUUUGCAACGCCUACACAAUCCACCUACACAUCACCUGUCUCCCUCCACUUGACCUCCCCCAGUGCAACCACCUCACCCGCGUCUCUAAGUCGGCCUCAGUCACCUAGAAUUUUACGCACGGGAGGAGGAGGGGAGAAGAUGGAGAGGGACAGGGAUGGAGGAUCUAGAGAGGGUCUUAGAGUUCGUUUCUCUGAGGACAAAAACAGCCAAUAUUCGAGCCAAUAUUACCCGGAAAACCCCAGAGAGAGCGAAAAGGAGACACAUGAUAGUAGACAUGUUCAACCCAUACAAGCUCAUCCACAUCCAGGUCAGCCUGCCCCUCGCAGGCCUUCCUUUUUGCAGAUGGACAAUACUCCUAACACUAACUACAUCCCUCAGUACACCGUCCCGACAGCACAUGCACAGGCCACUGACUAUAUGGGGGGGACAAAAGCUGAAACCGGCAACUUGGGAAUGGUGGUACUGCCUCCACCAGCUCCCUCCAUAGACAUAGAUGAAGAGUUUGUCUUUGCAGAACCCUUGCCUCCGCCUUUACAGUUUGCAAAUGGUAAGAAUGAAAGAGUGAAGGAUUACCACCAGCAGUUCCAACACAUGAGUCAACGAUCUGCUCCACCACCACCUCCUCUUCCAUCUCCUAAACCCUCCAGUGUUCCCCAAUCCUCUUCGCAGGGGGGUGACUCUGCCACCUCCAGCCUUACCUCUUAUGACAGUGAGGUGGCUAACCUGACACAAGCUGCUCUCUCGCCGUCUUCACCAUCUUCACAGAUAUACCCUCCCACCUCCACAAGCACCUCCACUGCUGCCACAUUGCUACACAGACCUCAACCCAUGUCCCAUUCUCACACAUAUUACAGCGGCCCCGACGACCCAGUGGCGGGGGGUUACACCACGGCCCACGACAGAGGCACGGCCACCCUCACCACUACCAUGACAUAUGCCACCACUACUAUGACAGCCACAGUGGCCGCCUCAACAACAACAACCUCUACGGCUUCGGACUACAGCAUGAUUGUGGGAGGACACAAAAGUGGCUACAGCACAGGGGGGAAAGCAGCUAACCACAUACACUACCCUGCCAAUGUACCCCAAAGUGGAGAAUGGCAGGAUGCAGUGGUGGACUCUGGGAUUGAGGAGCUGGACAGUCACAGCAGCAGUGACCAUCAUAUUGAAAUACUUGGAUUGACAGGGCUGAGAGGAGAAAGGAGUCGAGGUGAGGGAGAAAGAAGGGGAGUGCCUCAAGAUCCAUCCACAGCUUACUCAAGUGUGCAAACAUUUGAGGUACAGAACACCAAACUGGCAAACCCCGCGUUUCCAAAGAUGACCCAUUAUAAGGAGGGGGGAGGGAGGGUCUUGCCUGUUGCACUACGUAGGCAAAACAGCACCAACCCUGCUCCUUUACAACUGCAUAGACAUAACAUCCCAGACAAUAUCAGGUUAGAUGUAGCGCUACCUGAUGAAGGGAGACAUAUGCAGAAUAGAGCCAGAAUGGGGGACGACUUCAGCGCCACGCUGGCUGCCUGCUUAGACAGGCCCGUUGAGCCUCGGUCAGCGGGCUGGGGCGAAGUCGAUGAUCAUGGGCAUCUCCAGAGAGGCGGUAUGGCUUUGGAUGGACGCAGGCUUCACUCACCUCUGUCAGGUGUAAAGGCGAGCAUCAUCAACGAGCUGAGCUCCAAGCUUCAACACAUGAGUAGCAUGAGGAGUAUGGACGACUGGGGACACGCUCCCAAGUCACCCACCAUGCACAGGUAUUCAGCAGAUUUCACAGAUGCAUUUCACAGCCCCCCAACCGGCCGCUCCAUCUCCCCGUUACCCACCUCCUCCCCUCAACACCAUCAGAUUCUCCCACCCAAUCUAUCUGCCGCCCCUUCUAUGUCCCCUUCCCCUCAAGUCCCGGUGCAGAGCAACUGGACCCGUUCCCCUUCUCCCCAAAUGCCGCCCUCCCCAGUCCACUCUCACCCUCCCCAUUCGCCCACCUUCUGUCCUUACCCGACGUCGCCCAAGCAUCGGUCCAAGAUGCGGCGGCAGACGUUCGAUUUCCAAUGCAGCCCCACUAAGGAGAUGCGUUCAUCAGUGUCCAGACGCCGUGCCCCCAGCCCGCUAAUCUACAACACUGAACAGCCUAGCCCCAUCCCUCCCAGACCCUCCUCCCUGCCCAUCCUUCCCAGUACACCUGUCUACAACAACCCCUUUGAAUUCCCGGGCCCUUCUUCUCCCCUAGGAGACCCCUACUCAGCCUCAACACCGCCAUUGUUUUCCCCCUCUGGUGUGUCAAGUGCCAACCCGCUACUCGUCUCCCGCUCGCUCUCCCCCACCCAUUACCUCUCCGGAGCCUCCUCCCCUUUACACUUACCCCCUAGCCCAUCUUGCCUCAACUUCCCCCAGCUUAACCAGCCUCCCCCGGCCAAACCCUUUGCCCUCAAGCCUCUGCCCUACUGGACCAAGUACGACGUGGCCGACUGGCUGGUUUACUUAAACCUGGGCGAACACAGAGAGCGUUUUAUUGAUAACGAAAUAGACGGAUCUCAUUUGCCUUCACUUACCAAGGAUGACUUUUUGGACUUGGGGGUAACUCGCGUGGGGCAUCGAAUGAACAUCGAGAGGGCGCUGAAGAAACUCACUGACAGGCGCCUCUCCUCCCCUUUGCAUGUCUCAUGUACUUCCCCCAGAGACACGGAUUAAGAGUGAUGGGGUGAAAGAUGACAAAACACAUGACAAAAAGGAACAUUACCAGAAGAAGAACGGUGGAUGUCAGGCUGAUCUGAUUUAUUUGCACAUUUACUGCAAAGACUCCUGCUUUGAAAUGAGGUAAAUCACUAAAUGCAAAAACUUUUCAUAGACAGGGUGAUUGGCACACUGUUCUAAAAGGGUAAACGCCACUAAAAUGUUGCCAGAAACGCAAGGACCCCCAUCGUGACGUCACUUGAAGUCUGGCCAAAGUCAGUGAGAGGGUGACAAAAAUGUUUUCUCUUUUUAUCUAUUUGCUAUAUCUCCCCAAAAUGACUCCUAAUAACAGGUUUGUAUGUAUGUUACUUGAGAGCACUAAAUAUAAUAGCUUACGUGUUUAACAGGAUUCACUAAUAUUAGGUGCAUUAAGAGCAAUCAUUCAAACUAUUUUCAAUUCAUUCAAAUUUGUGAUACAGAUUAUGGUUAUGGAAGUGAAAGAGGCUUGAAUUUAUUUAUUACAAAGGAGUAUUAGGGCGACACUGAAAAUAAAAUGAUAAGUCACAAUGUAAUGAGAAAGAAGUCACAGUAUUAUCUUUUUGAUUUAUUUAUUACACAAAGAAUUAUUAAUGUUUGAUAUUAAUAAUUUCAUUUAAGUUUGUAAUACUCUGACUUUAUUCUUGUCAAAUUUUAAAAUGUCUUAAUGACUUUCUUCCUGUAAUAUUUUGACUUUUUUUUCACGUUACCUUUACAGCCCUCAUAUUAUUGUUUUUCUUGUAAUAUUACAACUUAAUUUUCAUAAUAAAAUAACUUUAUUCCUGUAAUUAACAAGAACGCAACGGUGUCAAAAUAUGUUUUUCUCGUAAUACUGUAUAUUACCUUUUGGAAAUUAUUUUAUCACAAAUAUUCUGUCAUAAUAUAAUGAAAUAUUUUGAAGUAUUUUGACCAUUGAGACUUCCUCUCACAAUAUGUUUUCCAUAAUAUUUUAAGAUGUGUAAUAAUACUUUUUCUCGGUUUUAAUCAUAAUAUUAUGGCUUUUGAGUACACCUAUUUGAACUUUAUUGAACUAUUCAAACAUUUUUGAUUAUGAUAACACAACUUUUCCUGCCAUAUUAUGUUUAGAAUUAAAGUUUUACUAUUUCACUACUACUGUACUUAUUAUUUGGACUUUUUAUUGUACUAUUUCAACUUUUUCAUGUUAUAUGACUCUUCUUGCCAAACAUUUAGACUUUUUUUGUUAUAACCUUUUUUACUUAAACUCUGACCUCAUAACUUUUUUUUUUUUUUUCUUGUGGUAUCAUUUUCUUCUUUUCAGUGUGGCCCUAAUACUUGAAAUUGUACCUCGUGGUUCUGAAAAUGUAAACAUGGAGAGGAAUAACAGUGUUUUUAUUACUACCAUUGCAGACUGCAAGUCACUUUUUUGUACUUUCUUGGUGUCAUAGCACAAGUGGAGGGAUUGAUGCCAUACUGUUCCUGUAGGUUCCGUGAUCACAAAGGGCUUUUUUACUGCUUCACCUCCUGUGCUACUGUUCAAAAUACCUUUUUUUUUUUUGCUGCUUGUUGUCGACAAUCCUUUUUGCCUGUUUCACACAAUUUGGCCUAUUUCAUUUUAGAGAAACACAUGCAUAAAAUAGAGCGGCCUGGAGUUUAGUGUUUUAAGAAUCUAUUGUCUUCCAAACUCUUUUGUUUGGUUGCUUUUUUGGCGUUGGGAAGUCUCUGAUUUCUGUCAAUGCUUUCUAUACUGCUCGCCCUGUGAUGACCUUUAGUGAAGCAGACACAUGUUAGUUUUAAUGCAUAUUCUCGCCAUGUGAGUAACUAAACAUGACUUGUGUAUUCUCCUCACGCUGAGUUGCCUCAGUGCUGUUUGUGUGAUGACGGGACUGAGCGGUAGUGUAGACGACACUACAUGUGUAUGAUUUAUAUAAAGUAUUUUAGCUCUAGUGAAAUGUAUAAUGAAUAUGACUACAUACAGUAUGUGUGUAAGUAUGCAGAGUUUUAAAGAAGUAUAUAUGAAUAUAAAGUACAGUUUUAAAUAAAAUGCAGUACAUACUAAAUAAAAUGAUGAUAGAACUGUGUUGAAAUCAAUUCUGAAAUGAUUAUUUCUGUUUUAAUACAGCUUGAAAUGAUGAAGGAACAUAAAACAUGUUUUAAGUCCAUUGUGAGCUAAUAAGGCAGAAGAAUGGAGCUCACUUAACAAUUCAAGCGCUUUCAA